UUUUUUUUUCCUUCUCGGUACCGACGAGAAAAGCGCGAUGAAUCGUACUUUUCUCUGUCACUUCGGAGCCGUUGAGCCGCCGCGGACGAGACUCGCAGGACCCGCAAUGUCUCCAGCUUUCCGUGCUGAAUCAUCUCUGAGGAAGAGGAGUUCGCAUGAAAACACACACUGAACCAGACCGGAUCGACCGGAGCAGCUCGGUUUACACUAGCCGAGUUAUUUUUUGUUUUGACUAGCACUUUGUCGGGGCCCAUUUUAUUUUAUUUUUUGUGAGCUUUAGCCGCGUUUUCACGCCAGGGAAACAAUGGCCUUCUUCGUGAAAAAGAAGAAAUUCAAGUUUCAGACUCAUCUGACCCUGGAGGAGCUGACCGCUGUGCCUUUCGUCAACGGAGUUUUGUUCUGCAAGCUCAGGCUGCUGGAUGGAGACUUUGUCGCUACUUCUUCCAGAGAGGAGGUUCAAGAAAACUGUGUUCGCUGGAGGAAGAGGUUUACAUUUGUGUCGAAAAUGAGUGCCAACCCCCACACCGGAGUCCUGGAUCCAUCUGUGUGCAGGGUGUCAGUCCGGAAGGAACUCAAAGGAGGAAAAGCAUAUACGAAGCUGGGCUUCACAGACCUCAACAUGGCGGAGUUUGCUGGUUCUGGCUCCACUGUGCGCUGCUGUCUGCUGGAGGGAUACGACACCAAGAACACACGGCAGGACAACUCCAUACUGAAGGUGAUCAUCGGGAUGACCCUCCUGUCUGGAGAUCCAUGUUUUAAGACGCCUCCCAGCACAGCAAAGUCCAUCUCCAUCCCAGGACGAGAACACACCCUGCAGCUGGACUGCAAGGGGGAGGGAACGGCUGAGCCUCCGGUUGGAGGGGUUUCUUUGGGUCGAACCGCCAAGCCUCGACCCUCCAUCAUCAGCUCAGGUCUAAUCGAUGACUCAGAAGUGAACCAGAACCAGUCUGGUCCUGCAGAAGUCUUCCAGUCCGGUCACUCUCGUAACUCCAGCUACGCCAGCCAGCAGAGCAAAAUCUCAGGCUACAGCACUGAGCACUCCUGCUCCUCUAGCCUGUCGGACCUCACGCAUCGCAGGAACACCUCGACAGGAAGCAGCGCCUCUGGGGGCCUGGCCUUCAAUGCUGACGCACCCACAGAGGGCGACAAGGACGCCGGACGUCCAGAAAGACCCCCUCGACCCCCACGGCCUGUCUUACCCCCUAACAGGCUCCCCAGGAGGAAGCAGGACUCAGUGGAGAGUCACCGCUCCUGGGUAAAUGACACCCGCAUGGAUGCCGACGACAUUGUGGAGAAAAUUGUCCAAAGCCAAAACUUUGCAGAUAUCAACAACACUGAAGACAGCAACCUCCGUCUGUUCGUAAGCCGAGAUGGAACCACCGCGCUCAGCGGCAUCAGGCUUGGAAACAGGGUGUCUGCAGGGGGUUACGAGCCUGUGGUGAUAGAGAGCCAUUAAAGCGGGCGUCAGGAAAGAGGACGCGUUGACCUGUGGAUCGUCUUGUCUUCUGUCCUCCUGGGUUUUCCCGGAGCUUCAGCCGGUCUGACGCCGUGAGGGGAAGAACCUCGUCAGUUUGCACUUUAUGUCAAAUGUGUGUCCGUACUUGCCUCCACUCCGUUCAGCCGCAUUUGUGAGGUUGAGGGCGACUCGGAGUGAAAGCGCCAAUGCACAAAACGUUUCUCUGCCUUGUGGUGCGUUUGCCUGCUUCUGUGUUGCUUCUGUGUUGCUGUAACAAAACUGGAUGGCGAUUUGAGAUUUAAAGAAGUCCGGAGAUUUCAGGAGAUCACACUAAAGAGUCAUUUUACCUGUUCAGCGAUAAAGAUACAGACACCAAAAUCAUCCAUGUGUCCCCAGUUCAUUGUUAUAACUGAUGCCUCAUGCUAACACUAUACUAUUGACUAACAUUAUCAGGUAAGACGAAGGAAACAUAAUGUUUAAACCGAUUAGCUUCACAGCUGCUUCGGGUUCUCAUUUCGUAUUUCUGAAAUGAUGCUAGUGUGUCACUUGGUACUUUCUGCUCUCCUGUUCUGUACUGAAUACUUACUGCAGUGUGCACUACAUACUAUUUAUACCGUUUUUUGCAGUUAGUAUACAAAAAAAAAAAAACGUACUUUACAGUUUUUCACUAAGAAAUUGUGCAGGGGGUCUGCCGACUGUGCCGAGAGGGUACCCGUUAAGCCUGCCGGACAUCGCUCUGAGCGUUUAGAUGAACGGAGGUAACCGGGUCGGCUGCCUCCAACCCUGGUUUCCGCGGUUGGGGCAGGGGAUUAGGGAAACUUCUCUGACACGAAUCCAUGUAAGAGUGCUUCUGAUCGGCUUUUUACAUGUAAGCACGUGCGUGAAAAAAGACUGCCGUCGGGGAAAGUAACAGAGCGGCUCAGCAAAAAGAGAGAUUAUUUCCUGUAGCGAUUCGUCCUCGUUUUAAAAAAACAAACCCUCCAUCCGAAGUCGAGACUAAAACUACAAUUAACACAAAGUGGUAGCCUCUGGACAUUUCCACUGCUGAACAUUUGACUCUUUGUGAAAUUCAGACGGUUUGGAGGUGGAGGAGAAAUCUGGUUACUGACCUGCGGCUUUGUUUUCCAUUUAAUGGCAUAACCCGAUUUCUCUGAUAAUCCCGGUCGCUUAAGUACAUGCGAACGUACUGAACGGAUCUGCAACCCUUUAGUGCCACUGUCAAUUAGAGUUCACAAAGAGAGAGAGCCAAACGUUUUCCCAAAGAUUGAAAACUUAUUUUCUGUUCUCCUAGAGCUUCCUGCAGCUGUCCCACUGCCGCCUGCAGUUUGUUUCAUUUUUCUCCAGUUGUGAGCAGCUCCUCCAUUUCCUUUCUUCCUCUUUGUGUAUUUAAUUUUGUGGCUUCGGCAGUGUUAACUCUCUGCAGACUGAAAACCUGCUUGGAAUUAGCAUCCGCUACGGAACUGGGACGCGACUCCCAUUCCUGCUAGUAAGUGUUAGCACGGAGCGUGCUAUCAGUUUAGAUGUUUUUUUUAAUGAGAAGCUAGCAUGCGGCACAGCCGGGACUUGUUAGGGAAAGUGUUAAUUGAUAGCUAUUAGAGUUUACUGCUGUUUCUUACUUCAGUCACUGUCUAGAAUAUACUUUCACUGCUCAAAUAAACCAACCUUGAGUGAGGAGGAAAAGCUACAGACUAUAGACAGAUUAUCCACAUGGUCUGAGUUCUCCAACCUCGGUCUGUAAAGCACUUCUAGGCCUAAAUCUACAAUUAACAAUUUCAGUAUCAGACCAUUUCAUUCUUUCAUUCACGAGUUUAUUUUUGCACCAGGUUUUUAUCUUCUCAGGCCCUUUGACCCUCCUACUUUCGGCAUUUACUCUACCUUUGUCAGCAAAUUUAGCAAAAUCGAACUUGCACAUUAAUCAGUGUUACGCCAACUGGAUUAAUGACGUAGAAAAAGCGUCUGUGAAGAAACACCAGGAUGUAGCGUGAACUCUGUUGACUUGGAGACUCGUUACUGUACCGUCUGGGCUAAAAUGACCUUUGUAGACAGUCAACGGAAAACAUUUCGUUGAUCUCUGGAAAAGUGACUUGUGUGUGAGUAAUAAAACUACAUCAGAGCAAGUUACAGACAGAGAGAAAUGACCAACUGCUAUUAAUGCUGUUAGAGACAGGACGUUAGUGGGGCUCAGCAGCGCAGCCGGCUGGGCUGAAGUUAAGUUAUGACGUGCUGGGGAUGCAUGGAUGAUAAUGGUGGAAAGAAAAGAAACCGGCAAGUUUAUGAGAAAAAGGACUGUUCCUCUAGAGUUAGAAAAGAUCACACCCAUCACUUCUGCAGCAUGAUAUACUCAUCUGUACCAACAGCUCAUCUUUCUGAAGUCCAUGAACUUUUUCUGUGGGUUACAGUGACUUCAAUUUGGCCACAAGUCACGUAGCCUCAGAUACUCAGCAGCAGCUUCACUGUGGAUUCAGUUGAUUAUUAUUUUUUCUCCUUCCCCCCUUGAUCACAAUCAAUCUGAAACAUUUCAGGCAUUGUCGCUGCAAACUGUCUGAAAUCGUAAACGAGAAUCCUACCGGCUUGGAGUUUAGUUCAUGUGUAAUGAUCCGAGCUUCAUCCCAGUUUUGAUUCAGGGUUUGAUUUCAAGGUUCCACCCCUCAAAACUUCUAAACCAAGGUCCAGCAGCAAGACAGGAUUCAAAGAACUUGCCGUGCAGUUUACAUGAAGUCCUUUUGAAACUGCCACUCGAGGCAUCACAUCCAACACUGAAUGUGAUCGGGAGUUUAGAAAACCACUGAUCAACUCUGACUCCCUUUAGUUUUUCUUCUUCUUCUUCUUUUUGUUUGAAGUCGUUGCCGGUCCCUGUUGAUCGGGGCGCUGCGGCCGAACCACUUUGUGCCUGUAAAGUUUCUCUUAAAUGACCCUAAAGCACCGUGAAACUGCGAUAACAGAGUGCUGGUGCUGGUGAUGGUGAGGAGAGAAAUGGUGUUCCCUCUCUUUGUUUGUGUAGUUCUCUUCCUUUUGGCUCAGUCAUGUCAAAACCUUCAGGCUUAACCAUUUUGGAAAUCCCACUGUAUACUCACUGCAUGCCUGGUUACUGAGCUACUGCUGCACCGUUGCUCCAUCUCCAUGAAGGAUUAGUUGUGGGGAAAAAAAUGGUUCUCUUCUCUCCUCAGCCGUCAGAACUUAAAGCGAAAUGUGUGGUCAUCUGAAAAACACUAGUUCUGUGGUACAAACUGUUCAGGUUUUACUCUGUCCAGCCGGUUUCUCCGGCGGCUGUGACCGUGAAAGCCUUUGUUGCCCCCUGGUGGAGCAGCGGCCCUGCUGUUAGGUUUUUGCAUGAGUCCAGGCCCCUCGGCGUUUCCGAAGGAUGUUUACUUCGGGUCGGGCUGGUUUGUUUCUUCUGAAGAACAAGCACCAGGGAGGCAGGAAAAAAGGACGAGCCUCUCUCACGCUGACAGUUGCCAAACACAGAGGAAUAACUGUAAUGUGGGCAACCAGCUGGCUGGUUGAUGCUUCUUAAUGAUAGUUUUAGAAGCAGGUUUCUGCUCGAAGUUUGAACUCUGCAAAGGAGGAUUUAAUCUUGUACAGAGUCUUUAAAAUCUUAUUUUACUGUCUGUGAAAAAGGUCAAAAAAAAUCUGUCAGCCUGAGAAAUAACUCUCCCAUUUCACAAGCAGGUCAUUUUAACUCCACAAGUCUCUUGAGUUACGUUAAAUAACACGAUGCUUGUUGUGUCCGGCCAACAGAGCGAAACCGAAACAUGUUCAAUUUACACUCAUUUAAAACAAAGAAAAGCAGCAGGUCCUCGUGUUAGAGAAGCUGGAAGCAGCAAGCGUUUGGCAUUUGUGCUCAACAGGUAACUGAUUAAUCAGUCGGUAAAAUAACCAGUGAUUGAGUUCCUCCAGAGCAACUACCGACUAAUUGCAUCAGCCCUAGUUUAGCUGCACCAGAAAAAAAUGAAAUAUUCCUUUCUUUUUUUAGUUUAUUUUACAUUAAUCUACAUUAAAGACUCAGCUCUUGAUCAGUACGGACCUUUAUUUUUCCAGUUUUCCUUGUUCACAUUUCACAUUUUUGAAACAUUACGUUGGUUGAACUUGUCACUUGCCUUCACACUACUCUGUUUGUAUUUUGCAGCGUUAUGUGUUUAUUACUCACAUUGUUAGUUAUUCUCACAUUUGGGGAUGAACCACUGAUCGUAUAGUCUGAAUUUGGGUUUAUGUCACCACAGCCUUUAGUACUCUUUUAAAGCAUUUAUUUAUAUAUUUUUGUUCCUUAUUCUUUUGAUUUGAUUUGAUAUUUUUUUUUUUUUUUUUUUUUCUGGAGGUUGGUUAUAAGCUAUGCACACAACUCACCUCCCGGAGCUUUUUUCCCAUUAGUAUGUCUAACAAAUUAUUCUAUUGUAACAAAGUUAGUAUAACCUAAAUUUAUUAGAGAGUUGAGUUGGAACUGUUCUUCCAAUCUCCAUGUAGUUGCUACAACCUUGUUUUUUUUUGUUUUGUUUUUUUUCUCCUGCAGAAAUUACUUCUAAAGAAUAAAAAAAACUAA